AUGCUGCUACAAAAGGACCCUUGCAAGUGGGAAGGUUCAGGGUACUCGGCCACACGGCGCAGAAUUACCGGUUUGGUAGAGCAGCACGCGCCUGAGUACACCAUGAUCCCGAUGAAGGGGAAGCCACCUGCGGCGAAGGGAGCGGAGUGGGAGGAAGUGGUCUCCGAAGGCGGAGGUCAGCCUGGUCGAGGUUUUGGAGGUCAAGAUCUCCACGUACCCAACAGGGAGCACCUUCGGAAGCCUAUGAAAUGCAAGGAUUGCCUGCUUCAGGACCCUCCACAUCUGGUGCUGGCCCAGGUGGCAUUGCAGAUCAAGAAGGCGAUCAACGUGGUGCAGGGCGCCGAGUUAAACACCAAACUUCUAUACCCAUUGGAGACCUCACGUCUGAGCAUUAUCGCCACGCCAACCAAUAUCAUGUCUUUCCACGGCUUGAGGAAGUACGUGUGUGAUACGACUUACGGCCCAGCUUCCCGACCAAGCAGCAUUUCGAAGCGUAGUCCUACGCAGAUAACGCAGGGCAACCACUUUAAUGUAUAG